UUUGGGUAUAAAUACCAGAGGUUCCUACUGUAGAACAUCCACUUUGGCCACAUCUCAACCAUGAAACUUCUCCUGAUCUGUGUGCUCCUGGGAGCCGCCGCUGCCUUUGAUGAUGAUAAGAUCAUUGGAGGUGCCACCUGCGCCAAGAACUCUGUGCCCUACAUCGUCUCCCUGAACGCUGGCUACCAUUUCUGUGGUGGGUCCCUGAUCAAUAACCAGUGGGUCGUGUCUGCCGCUCACUGCUACCAAGCGAGCGUCCAGGUCAGGCUGGGGGAACACAACAUCGCCGUAAGUGAAGGAACCGAGCAGUUUAUCAACUCUGCCAAGGUCAUCAGACAUUCUGGCUACAACUCCAGGACCUUAGACAAUGAUAUCAUGCUGAUCAAGCUCUCCUCUGCUGCCUCCCUCAAUUCUGCCGUCAACGCCGUGGCUCUGCCUUCUAGUUGUGCCGCCGCCGGUACCAGCUGCCUGAUCUCUGGCUGGGGGAACACUUCCGCCAGUGGCUCCAAUUACCCCAACCUCCUGCAGUGCCUGAAUGCCCCCAUCCUGACCACCGCCCAGUGCUCAGGAGCCUACCCCGGGCAGAUCACCAACAACAUGUUCUGUGCCGGAUUCCUGGAGGGUGGCAAGGACUCCUGCCAGGGUGACUCUGGUGGCCCCGUUGUGUGCAAUGGACAGCUGCAGGGUAUUGUGUCCUGGGGUAUCGGCUGUGCCCAGAGGAACUACCCCGGUGUGUACACCAAGGUCUGCAACUACAACUCCUGGAUCCAGAGCACCAUUGCUGCCAACUAAUCCUUUAACUUAUUGGGAAGUCUCAGUUUUGGUUCUGAUUCUGUGGAACAAAUAGAACUUGAAUAAGGAUGAAAUAAAUGAUUUAUUAAGUCUA